AUGCGCUACGAUGAUUGGGAUGUGAUCCUCUUCCCCCGAAACUCCCAUGUUCCGAUUCAGGAGUUCAAGACCGCUUGCUUUGUCUCGCAAGUGGAGUACGGGCGCCAACUGCCGACAUUGACCUGCUUCAUCACCUCGCUACCACCCUCGACACCAUUUCGUAUCUCACUUCAUUCAUGGCGUACAACCUUGAAAGCCUCGGCGCUCCUCGAAUCCCAAUGCAAAGGCAACCAAAAGAUAGUGUUCGCCGUCCAGGUCAUUGUGGGCGAGGCUAGACUCUUUCACGGCUUCUUCGACUUGAAUACGAAAUGGCCUCAAGAGAUUGCCUACGAGAAGAGGUCGCUCGCCUUCAAUGAUUUACCUUCGAGCCAGCGAAAACGGCCUCUCGAGUUCCCUUCGUUCCACAAUCUUACGCUCACGAAUAACAUUUGGGAUGCCCGUGACCCAUAUGGGCGCAUACGAGUCGUGCUUUCAGAGCAGCUGAUGAGCAAGACGCAAAGUCCUGGGAGUUCAGACUUUGGUACUGCCAACGAGCUCGUUUGCUUCUCAUUUCAGCAUGCACCAAAAGAUAUCCUCCAGCAGACCGGAAUCUCGUGGCCGAUCUCGAACCCACUCUACCUCCCCGAUGCGUUUAACCGGGACAGCCAGUACUCUCGGCCAUCUCCAACAACUUCAUGGACCCCUGAUGCGUAUCCUUUUAGAGGGAACAUGCAAAUGCAAACUCCGCAAUUGCAUAAUGCACAACCCGCAUUCAAUGGUUCGAAUGACACCGAGCCCAAGAGACACUCCAACGUGCACCUGCCACCUAUUCCACAUUUUCCAAAGCAAUUUGUUGCUCCCACUAGUCACAAUCAUCGUGCAACCACAUGGGAUGACGCAUUCCGCACGCUCAAUUCCACCACCGACACUACCAGUAUAGAUGGCUGGUCAGAAAAGAGGAAGACAUCCGCGUCGUCCGAUCACCCCGUGCUGAAUUACAUGUACGACUCACACACAUCCACCAAUGGUCUGCCAUGGAUGAGAAAUAUGUCUCAGCAUAUUCAGAGUGACAGUAUAGAUUGGGAUGAAUACUCAAAAACCCGAAAAGAGAAGCAAUUUGUCGUUGCGCUUCGAGAUGACCAGUUGGGCCAGAUAAUCGACGCAAUAAGCCCACCAAAGCAUAAUCGUGAGAUUUCUUGGACACCCGGUGGGCCAUUCCAUCAGUCUACUAGUCAACAAGCCGCUCACGCUUACUAUCCCCCAAAAUUUGGAACUGCUCCGCCGAUCAAACGUCCGUCUGGAGUUCUGGCUCGCAAAUCGUCGUAUCAAGAUUCUAGCAGUGUCUUACGAAAUGUCUCAAACAAGUCGUCGUCGCAUAAACAUUACUCCCAAGAAGACGGGAAAGACAGAAUGUCUACAAGGCCACGCCCGUCUAUUCCAAAUAACAAGGAGGAUAUUGGGCCGUCGCAAUUGCGAUUGCCAACGCCGUUUCCCCAGGCCAAUCGUGUUCCAACUCCGAACCCUUUUGCUCAGGGGCAACCAGCAACCAUUUCAGAAUUAGCAAUGAGAGGCUGGCCCUCAACUCAGGCAAGCGCGCAUCGUGUCAACCGAAGCGAGGCGCCACAGUCAGCCACAGAAAUCGGCAUGCUCGGCUCGGCUCAUGAGCCAUCAAACUUUCAUUUCAGGAGCAGAAAGGAGGACUUGGUGUCUGAUUCACCAAAGCUGUCUGAACAAGCGGCUCGGCAAGAUGAGUGUUUGAUGCCAAUAGCCAAUGCGGAUUCUCAAAUGGAACAAAGCUUCGUUCAAAAAGCACAGGGUAAUUCCACUCAGGACGAUCGAAAGGUUAUAUCUGGACUAGUGGAAAUCAUCGACAUCGAUGCUGUCGAUGCUGUCGACCCCAGCUUAGACGCGAAUCCGGCAGUGGAUACCAGCAAACUCUCGCCUUUCAAACCCAGCCACAAGUCUCGCAUUUCGCAAUCAAGCAUCGAUAGCACUGGUCGUCUAGAGAGACAGUUGUUCAGUGCUCUGGGCGAGGAACUUGGGAGUUUCGACCAUCAUCAUCACCACCAGAUCGAUACCACGGAUAUGGGACCUGAGCUUAUGCAUGCUCUGGGUGGUGGUACGAGGACAAACUCUGAGCUCAGCGGUUCCGCAAUACUCGGCUUGACGACGAGUAACUUUGAGCCGGCUGUCAAACGGAAGAGACAAGGUAUGCUGGGCGGAGGCAGUAAUGGCAGUCCGAUGAGUAAGAAGGAGAAGGUUGAUGGGGUAGAAAGCAAGGAACAGAGGGAGGUAGUGGUCAGUAUGAGAGGAGACUGA